UUAUGAGAGUGUUUUAUCAAUUUAUUAAAUUUCUCGGCAUGCAUAAAAAUGUCCAUAGAAAUGGCAAUUAUUCCAUCCUUUCGAUAAAAUACAAAAUGUAAUAUCCUCUUAUUCACGCUCACUUCUACACAUUUAUCUUUGCUUGAAAAGAAAUGUCACUUUUUUGUCCUUUGCGGAAAGUUGGGGGGCAAAUGCUGUAACACUGGAAAGGGGGCAAUUUAUUCAUUUUUCUAUCACUUGCGUAACUUAAUUAACUCGACAAAAUGCAGUCCACUCUAUUGAGCAUCGUCAGUCAAUCGUUAAAACCAUCGUCCUUGAAACUGCAUCAUAGUGUAUCCACUGUGUUGUCCAAUCGACUGUAUUCCACCUCGCAUGAUGCCGACAUUGUGGUGAUAGGUUCCGGUCCGGGCGGUUAUGUAGCUGCCAUUAAAGCAGCCCAACUAGGAAUGAAGACUGUAUGUAUAGAAAAAAAUGCAACGCUAGGUGGAACCUGUUUAAAUGUUGGUUGCAUACCAUCAAAAGCUUUGCUCAAUAACUCCCAUUACUAUCAUAUGGCCCAUUCUGGAGAUCUUGCAAAAAGGGGCAUUGAGAGUGAUAAUAUACGUUUAAAUUUGCAAUCACUCAUGCAACAGAAAAGCAACGCGGUUUCCGCAUUGACUGGGGGCAUAGCUCAGUUAUUUAAGAAAAACAAGGUAACCCUUGUUAGCGGGCAUGGUAAAAUCACUGGAAUAAAUCAAGUGACAGCUCUGAAAGACGACGGUUCUAGUGAAGUCGUGAAUGCAAAAAACAUUUUAAUUGCCACCGGGUCCGAAGUUACCCCCUUUCCUGGAAUCGAGAUUGAUGAAGAGCAAAUUGUAUCAUCAACCGGCGCUCUGGCGUUAAAAGAAGUGCCCAAACGUUUUAUUGUGAUUGGUGCAGGUGUUAUCGGAGUAGAAUUAGGUUCCGUGUGGUCUAGGUUAGGAUCGGAGGUAACCCUGAUUGAAUUUUUACCUUCGAUCGGUGGUGUAGGCAUUGACGGAGAAGUGUCAAAGUCGCUGCAAAAGAUAUUGACAAAGCAAGGUCUGAACUUCAAAUUAGGCACCAAGGUAACUGGGGCGCAGAAGAGUGGCGGUGUGGUCCAAGUCAGCGUGGAAGACGUGAAAGAUUCAAGCAAAACAGAAAAUCUCGAGUGCGAAGUUCUUCUGGUUGCAGUAGGGAGGCGGCCUUACACUUAUAAUUUAGGUCUUGAGGAAAUGGGCAUUGAAAAAGACCAGCGGGGCAGGAUACCAGUAAAUUCUGUGUUUCAGACAGUCAUUCCAAACAUAUACGCCAUCGGUGAUUGUAUCCAUGGUCCAAUGUUGGCACACAAGGCUGAAGAUGAAGGUAUUGUCUGCGUGGAGGGUAUUUUGGGCGGUCCAGUACAUAUCGAUUACAAUUGCGUGCCAUCAGUUAUCUAUACACAUCCUGAAGUGGGCUGGGUCGGUAGGACGGAGGAGGACCUCAAGAGUGAAGGAGUCGAAUAUAAAGUAGGCAAAUUCCCGUACAUGGCGAAUUCGAGAGCAAAAACAAACAACGACACCGACGGCUUCGUCAAGGUGUUGUCAGACAAAGGGACUGAUCGCAUAUUAGGUACUCAUAUCAUCGGACCCGUGGCGGGGGAACUGAUAAACGAAGCCGUUUUAGCUCAGGAAUACGGCGCAUCGGCGGAAGAUGUCGCGCGAGUGUGCCACGCCCAUCCGACAUGCGCGGAAGCGUUGCGUGAGGCCAACCUGGCCGCCUACUUCGGGAAACCCAUCAACUUUUAAAAUAGGAUCGCAAUAACAUGCCCGACCAUCGCGUUUUUUUGUCGUUAACUGUACAUAUUUGUAAGUUUUUUUUGUUAGGUGGGAGAUAGCUUCUCCAGACACGGUUCUAAUUUAUUAUGUCAUAUUAAAGUAUCUGUUGGU